AUGCCAGCCUUUCUUUCCUGCAAGCGAUGUGCAGAUGAUGGUGAAGAGGAGAUGUUACUAGCUGAAGAUAGGCCAGAUUUGAUUGAGUCUCUUGAUCCCAGAUGCAGCAGCAGCAAUAGCAGCAGAAGCUGCUCAGGAAGCGCUAACCUCCGAGACAAGGAAAGGGAACGUCUGUCAGUCCACGAAAGUCUGGAUUAUUUGCCUUCACACAGUAAAGUUUACAAGAAGUGGCUGCAGGGGCAAACCUACAGAAUGGACUGGGAUCGAUGGUUGGUGAUGGGCAUCAUUGGAAUAGUAGUAGGAACACUGGGUUUCCUGAUCCAUCAAAUAAUUGAUUAUCUCAUCAAACUGAAAUGGGAACUGGUGGAGAACUACAUUCAGAAAGGCAACUUUCACAUGACCUGGAUCUGCAUACUCGGAAUUGGACUGGCUAUGAUCAUUUUAUCCUCAGGACUGGUUGUGUUCUUUUGUCCAACAGGUGCGCCAAGUGGAUUACCGGAAGUCAUAGGUUUUCUGAAUGGAGCUUCUAUUCAGCACAUUUUUAAUAUCCAGACUUUUGGGGGAACAUUCGCCUCUUGUGUCCUAGCUGUGGCAUCUGGACUCUUCUGUGGACCAGAAGGUCCCAUGAUCCACUUGGGUGCAAUAAUAGGAUAUGGAUUGAGUCAGUUCAAGCCAGAGAUUCUUGGAAUUCAUCUCCCCUCCUUCACCAGAUUUUGGAACUCAGCUGACAAGAGGAAUUUUGUUACAGCUGGUGCAGGAGCAGGGAUUGCCUCUGUUUUCCAUGCCCCAGUUGGUGGACUUCUGUUUACACUAGAGGAGGUAGCCUCUUUCUGGGAUAUCAAAUUGGCCUGGCAAACGUUCUUCUGCUGCUUGAUGGCUGCCUUCACCACAGAUCUCCUCUCCUCUUCUCUCUCUGGGUUUGUCUACAGGGGCCAAUUUGGAUUUUUCAAAGCAGAGAAGAGGAUUUUAUUUUGGGUUAAGAACUUACUGGAUAUGAGUGUGUUGGCCUUUGUUCCAGCCAUUUUCCUUGGAAUACUUGGGGGACUUUUAGGAGCUCUCUUUGUUUUCCUGAAUAUAAAGAUUAAUAGAUUACGUAUGUGUUUCUUCAACGCAAUUCCAAAAACAUCUCUCAGAAAAACAACAAAGCUCUUAGAAUCUGUGCUGGUUCUUGUUUUGACCAUUACUGCUACAGUCUACUUGCCAUAUUUUUUUCACUGUACUCCAAUCAAGAACCUGCCAAGGUUUGAUCCAGCUAGUAAGUCACAGAAUAUAAGCCAGCUUAAGUGGCAAAUUUCAGAAUAUAAUUGUCCACUGGCAACAUUACAGAUCGGACCAGAUGCAGGGAAAUAUUCUAACCAAACCUUUAAUGAAGCUGCUGCCCUUUUGGCUGAGAAUGGGAUGAAAGGAAUCAUGUACUUAUUCAGACGUGGCACUCAUGAGGAAUUUGGAUAUGCCUCUCUCUUUACAACACUGGUAUUCUACUUCUUGCUGUCCUGCUUGACUGCAGGCUCUGCUGUUGCAAGCGGUUUGGUUAUACCUAUGCUGUAUAUAGGAGCUUUAUAUGGCCGGAUAGUUGGCUUGAUACUAGUUUCCAUUUUGGGGGUUCAGACUGAUGAACGUGGUGCAUGGAUUGAUCCAGGAUUGUUUGCUGCAGUUGGAGCUGCUUCUUUCUUCAGUGGUGUUUCGAGGCUAACAAUCUCCCUUACAGUUAUAAUGGUAGAGAUCACAAAUGAUGUACAGUCCUUGCUACUCAUCAUGCUGGCGGUCAUGUUAGCCAAAAUGGUUGGUGACUGGUUUAACAUGUCUCUGUACAGUUCUUUACUGAAGCUGAAAUCCAUUCCCUACUUAGAUGCUGAGCCAUUUGUUUGCCAUAGGGAAAAAUGGUUAAACCUGGAAUUGUUUGCUGCCAGAGAUGUCAUGAAGCUUCACGUCAGAGUUCUUCAUGGAAAGGAAAACAUUGCUUUCUUGGCUCAGCUCCUUGCCAACACCAGCCAUAGUGGAUUUCCAGUCGUUUACAAAUCUAAGCCAGAUCAGGCAGAGGUGUUCCUGGGAACGAUUACAAGGCCUGAGCUCUGUGUGCUACUAGAAAAUGAAACCAUCUUUGAAAAGGAGGCUACAGAAGACUCUGAAUCCUGCCCACUGGUUCUUUCUUACCAGAAGAUCAGAGUUGAAAAAUUGCCUGAUCAGCAAAGGAUGACCAUGUUAUUGGGUCGCUAUAGUACAGAGCCUCAGUAUCAACAGCUCUUCAUCAAUCUGGACCCUUACAUAAACAAAUCAGCAGUGUCAGUUCAAGCUCAUUUCUCACUGCAGCGCACAUACAUCAUCUUUCGGUCUCUGGGCCUUCGCCACCUGACGGUUGUUGAUUUGCAGAACCAGGUUGUUGGGAUAAUCACCAGGAAAGAUCUGAUAUAUUUCCAGCUGGAAGAGAAGCUCGGACUCCAGCAAUCAUUGCAGGACUUUCACUCUGAUGACAAGCUUUUAGGCUAGGAAGUCAUCUGAACAGACAAUGCUCAGUUUCUUUUUCAUAAUGAACAAAUAUGUAUAUUCUUCCUUGAAUUGGGGAUGGGGGAGGGUUGUGAAAAUAUAUCUUCUGCAUCUCAAAUUGCUAAGCAUCAAUUCUCCUAGUUACCAUUAAAAAAAGUGACAAAUAGAGUAUCAACGCUUCCCAACUCAUAUACUUCUUUCUCAUUCUAAUCUCAGAUAGGUUGUAUAAGGUGCAGGGAACUGCAAACAUUUUUAUUUAUAUGUUUUAUUGGUUUAGUUUGUGAUCAGUAUUUAUAUUGUAACAUCUUACGUCAACUACAUAGGGAUCAUGUAUAUUUAAGUGGUAUAAAAGUUUAUUAAUAAUUAAGUAUUACUAACUAAAAUAAUAAUAGGUGGUGAGGAGCUGCUAAGGGCCAAACAACAUGUAACAUUAGUCACUUAGCUCUGUUCUUAAGUGCAUGUUUUUCUUUUUUAUCAAUAACCACUGCAGUGGCCCAGAUCCAGGUGGUUGGGUGGCUUUAAAUCUUUGCCACCCCCCCACUGUGAGCCUGAUCCAGAUAGGUCCCUUUCAUCUGCGAUUUGCAUUGCCAACUCCCCCUUCAUUUGUUUCAGUGUGACCUCUUUUGUCAAUGGAAAUUGCAGAUGCAGGGAGCCAAUCUGAACCAGGAUCACAAUGUGGGGCAAAGAGUUAAAGCCACCCAACCACCCAUACCAGGGCCCCAGUCGUGACUGGGCCUGCUGUGCUGAGCUGCACAACUAAUGCCACGUGUACUUGGGUCCUUAAAAUAAAACAGAACUGUAAAUAAGACCCCAACCAAUCAGGUCUGUCAUAGUAUAAUCUCUCUUUAGAUUAGCAUUUUUUGACAGGUGGUCAUUGCUGAGAUUUCCCUGCUCUUCCCUGAGGUUCCCUAUCUCAAAAUCCAGACAUCACUUAUCUCAGAACAUGAAGGUCUGUCCCAUGGUAAACAAACAAAACAAAUUACUGUAAAAUGCAUGAGUUCCAAACAAAGCAAAUUUAUCCCCAGAGAAGUACAAGAAAAAAAAUAUUCCAGAGAGGUAGCAGUAUUAGGAGAGAUUUUUUUAAAAAAAAAAUCCCUUGCAAAAUGAAGAUAUGUAUUGUUAGUAGUAAUAACAAUAACAGUAACAGUCACUUCUGUGAAUUUUGACAAAGGGGGAAGGAGCUAUUGAAAACUAUGAGGAAAUCUGAUAGGUCUUUAUUAUUUCAGUAACAUUAAUGUCAUUUGUUGAUUUGAAAUGCAUCCAUAGUAAACA